UGAGGGGGUCACAGUAGGUAGGAGGGUGAACACCAGCUUGGCUGUCUGCACCUUUGCUGGAUGGUAUAGAAAACACCGCUUCACAGUUAACAGACGGUUAGUGUAACGUUCAGCAGAAUGAUUUUCCUCAUGGACCUCCAGAUGAUGCUGCUGGACGUGAUUUAUUUCAUCCUGCGCAAUUCCGUGCGUGCCAUCCUGCGCCCACGCACCAAGCCCAUAGACGGCGAGCUGGUGCUGAUCACCGGGGCGGGAGGCGGCCUGGGCCGUCUCUUCGCUCAGGAGUUCACCAAGCACGGGGCAGACGUGGUGCUGUGGGACGUCAACAGCAGUGCCAACGAGCAGACAGCCAAGCUGGUGCGCGAGACGGGGGGCAAGGCCUACACCUACACGGUGGACGUGACCAACCGGGACGACGUGUACCGCAGCGCGGAGCUCGUGAGGCAGGACCUGGGCCGGGACGUCACCAUGCUGGUGAACAACGCUGGGGUGGUGGCUGGGCGGCGCAUGCUGGAGUGUCCCGAUGAACUGAUGGAGAGGACGAUGAAAGUCAACUGUCAUGCCCUCUUCUGGACAGUGAAGGCCUUCCUCCCUCGAAUGAAGGAACAGAACCACGGACACAUCGUGACCGUCGCCAGCGUCCUCGGCCUCUUCAGCACAGCUUGCGUUGAGGAUUACUGCGCCAGUAAGUUCGCCGCAGUGGGCUUCCACGAGUCUUUGGCUCACGAGCUGCUCGCUGACGAGGUUGAUGGAGUGAAGACGACCCUCGUGUGCCCCUACAUCGUGGACACGGGCAUGUUCGAGGGCUGCAAGAUACGGGAGGAAGUGGAACUGCUCCUAGCUCCUCUGGAUCCUCAGUACUGCGUCGAGCAGGCCAUGAACGCCAUCCUGAUAGACCAGCCAUUAGUGUGCAUCCCCCGCCUCACAUACCUGCCCGUCCUGUCAAGAGCGUUGUUGCCAUGGGAAUCCAACGUGGUCGCAUAUCGUUUCAUGGGUUCUGACAAGUGCAUGUACCCGUUCAUCGAUUCCAAGAAGAAUCAAGUGACUAAUGGCGCGGUUGCGGUUGCAUAAGAAACCUUCACUUCUCGAGUCAAAACCUUGGAAAAAAAAUAAAAUCAGAGUUAAUUCAAAAAGCCUGAUGAUAUAACAAACUGGACAAAUAUAUAUAUAUAUAUAUGUAUCUGCUUGUGUGUACAGCAGCAGACCAAACUGUUCACUUACUGCCAUCAUUUAGUCAUAUGGACGCUCAGAAAAACUGGAAGGGACUGUACAUUUUAAGACUGACCAUUGAGAGGCGGGUGCCAGAUGACAGCUCAGCCAAGUGGUCAUCAGCACCUGAUGGGAUUUCGCUAAUGUUCACAUAAAAUUUAGAGCCCCUUCAAAAUCACUUCAACACAAACCCGUGUGAGGAACAAAUAAAAUGGGAAAUGUGUCUUUGUUAUCUGUAAAUGAAUUACUAAAUGUUGUGCUGUAUUAUGUUUACACGAAAUAAAAUGACCGAAACCAAAACUGCUGUCCUUGAACAUCAAGUCCUUACAACACCGGACUGUUCUCGUAUCGGCUUCCAAAUAAGCUAAAGGGAGCGACACGGCAUAAAAUUAAUGUUAAAAAGAAUUUAGUCACUACUUUUUAGUGCAUAACAUCAUGACCACAUUCCUAAUAUUGUGCGCGUGUUUGUGUCAGGCUGCAUCCUGCCGGUGCUACAUGUCUAAGUAACAUCCCCACGAAUGCCAGGUCCAUACAUUUCCUGGCAAAACACUGAAUUAUCACAAAACGGUUAAUGUCAUUUACGUCUCCUGUCUGUGGCUUCAACGUUGUGGCCGAUCCGUGUGUAACUUCAACAACAAAAAAGAAAAGGGGGGAAAAGUGUCGCUAAUCUCACGUGACAGCAUGAUGCAGUGUAACAUUAACACUGCCCAAAAUUAGCUUCAUGCUGGAGAGAAAGUGUGACUAAUGAUGAAGCAUUUGCUGCAGCACAAUGCAGAGCUGGAAAUGUCUCCAAGUCUGAUGCCCCAGAAUGAGAGCGUGUUUGUGCACUUAAGUAAGAAUAAAAACAACCCACUUCUCUUCUCAUAAAAGAAAAUAUACAUUACUAAUAUAUGAAUGUUUAUGGCAUCAGAUGCAAAGAAAGGAAAAGUGCUUGCUGCUAAAGCAUUAGGAUUCUGACUUAAAUAAUUGAAAUGGCUGAGAUUUAUGUGAAGAACACCCUCACAGUGUGUGCAAUAUUUCAGAAACAGGAGCCUACAACUAUAUCAACACUUAAAAGUGAUCUGGAAAUGGGGAAAUCCUUAAAGGAAACAGAGUUGUAGACGGACAUACAAAGGCAUGUGUGAAGGGGAGCCCCAACAGUUCAAGAAAUGGUGCAUAACACAAAGCUAAUGCUAAAAGCUAACUACUGACCUAGCACCAAAACGAGUUAAAACCUGCUUAUUUUCUACGCAAGUUAUAUAGACUUUUCCCCCCAAUACCACCACAGAGGUACCGCUACGUACUAGAGUAGUAAAAGGUGUCACUACUGGCAAAUGAAGAAAAAGAUGAGACAUCAGCAGCCUUCGUUUUGUGCAUGUAAGCACAUCAGUUUAAUUACCAUGGGGAGCGGAGAAAGAAGGGAGGUUGACAUAAGGGAGGAAAGGAAGGGAGUCAGUGAAACCGAUGCAACGGGGACACAUCCUCUGUCACACACAGCAGGGGCAACAUCACGGUACGUCACACGCUACAUUGAACCACAAAUUCCUCCCAGCCCUACAUGGUAAUGUUAAUAACACUUCACUUGUGGUUGUUGAUAUAAAGCACUCUAGGAAAAUCAACAGAGGUUCACCAGCUGCAGCCUAGACAACGAUGAGGUCUGAACCUUAACAAGACCGUUCUGUAAUGAACUACCUCAGCGGGGGAUAAAACAUAAAACACUUAAAAACAAGAAUUAACGGGUCUCGCAAAGAGGAAACGAGUUCUACUCAAAACAAAAAAAAAACCUUCACAGUUAGUUACUUCAAUUUUUUUUUUUUUUUUUUUAA